AUGUUUGAGAACCUCUGCACCCUCCCCCUCUCCGCUGAGGUCUUCACCCAGGUCCUCCAUCCUACCGAGCCGCUACUGACCGUUGGCUUGUCUACCGGCCAUGUUGAAACCUUCCGCCUCCCUUCCUCGGGCGACAACGAAUCUGAAGCAUCCGAUGACCCAGAUACGAGUAUAACAUCGACCGGUCGGGGGGCCAUCGAUAGCGUCUGGCGUACAAGGCGUCACAAGGGAAGCUGCAGAGCCCUGGCCUACAGCCACGAUGGUUCUGCCCUCUACUCCGCCGGUACCGAUGGCUUGAUCAAGCAUUUCUCCCCCACGACUGGCAAGGUCAUCUCCAAAGUCAUCAUUCCCUCCUCGAACAAGCAGAUCGACGCUCCGACUCUCAUGCACGUCCUGAGCCCUCAAAGCCUCCUUCUCGGCUGCGACUCCGGAGCAAUGCACAUCUUUGAUCUGCGAGACGGCGUCCCCUCGGCUAAGCCUGCGCAGACACACUUUCCUCACUCCGACUACGUCUCUGCUAUCGUCCCGCUGCCUCCAUCCGCCGAGAGCACCUCUGGCUUCUCCAAGCAAUGGGUGUCUAUCGGCGGCACGACGCUCGCUGUGACAGAUGUGCGCAGGGGUGUUCUUGUCCGCUCCGACGACCAAGAAGACGAGCUUCUAUCUGCUGCCUACGUCCCCGGUCUCGGCCCCAAGAAUAAUAGAAACAACGGUAUUGUCGCCGUCGGCUCCGGUUCCGGAGUAGUCACGGUCUGGGACAAGGGUGCAUGGGAUGAUCAACAAGAGCGCAUCAUUGUUGACGGCGGAAAGAGCGGCGGCGAGAGUCUGGACGCACUGGCAUUGGUUCCUGAAGAGCUCGGGCUGGGGAAGAAGCUCGUCGUCGGCCUCGGUGACGGAAGCCUCCGGGUGGUUGACUUGGUCACCAGAGAAGUCGACAAGUCCCUGAAUCUCCGACACGAUGACGUUGAAGGUGUCAUCUCCGUUGCAUUCGACUCUCAAAACCGCCUGAUAACAGCCGGCGGUAAGACGGUGAAGGUGUGGGAGGAGCUGUCGGAGCUUCAGGGUGAGGCCGAAGGCAGUGACGAGGAUAGCGAGAGCGGCGGCGAUGACGAUGACGAUACCACUGGUAAGCGUCGAGCAGACAGUGACAGCGACGAUGAUAGCGACAGUGACGACGACUCAAAGCCGCGAAACAAGCGCCAGAACACGGGAGCCGAUAAGCUUGGUCCCAUGGGUGCACACGGCAUUCUAGGCUUUGACGGUUUGGACUAG